AUGGCAAACGAAGUCUUUUUGACGCUUGGCCUGGUUAUCCGCUUUGUCUGCUGCCUCCUUGUGCUUCAUCCUGUAUCUGCCGAGGUCAGUUAUUCCAUACCGGAGGAAAUGAAACCGGGAACUGUCAUUGGAAAUAUCGCCAAGGACCUCGGUCUAGGUUUAAAUGCAUUGUCAGCACGCAAGGCUCGCUUUAGUGAAGGGAAUAAUGACCGAUUUUGUGCAAUCAAUUUGAGAACUGGUGAUUUGAAUGUUGCUGAGCGGCUUGAUAGAGAGAGCCUUUGUGGUGCUAAACCAUCUUGUGUUGUAACACAGGAGCUUGUGCUGGAAAACCCAUUGCAGUUACAUCGUAUAAAUAUACACCUUCAAGAUAUAAAUGAUAAUGCCCCAGAAUUUAAAAGGGAAAUGAUUUCGAUGGAAAUUCAUGAAUCAGCAGACAAGGGCACUCAAUUUUUAAUUGAGGAAGCACAUGAUGCAGAUAUUGGUCAAAAUUCUAUUCAAAAGUACAUUUUAGAAAAGAACGAAUAUUUUAUUCUCGUGGAAGAUGGCAACAGAGUUAAACUCGGUUUAGAAAAUAAACUUGAUCGAGAAAAGGAACAGCAGAUAAGCUUGUCUCUGAAGGCAGUGGAUGGAGGCUCUCCACAGAGAUCAGGGACAGUAAUGUUCCAAAUAGCUGUGCUUGAUGCAAAUGAUAAUGCCCCUAUAUUUACUCAAGAUGUAUAUUCAGUCAAAAUUCCUGAAAAUUCUCCUUUUGAUACAGUUGUGCUUAAAGUGAGUGCGACAGAUGCAGAUGAUGGGAUCAAUGGUGAUGUUACUUAUGAUUUUGGUCUUGUUUCACAGUCUGAUUUGCAAUCGUUUUCAAUUGACAGCAAAACUGGGGAAAUAACUGUGAGUGGCAUAACAGACUAUGAGAAAAAAAGUACUAUCGAACUAAGGGUUGUAGCGAAAGAUGGACUCGGAUUAAAUUCAUAUGCCAAGGUCCUCAUAGAUCUGAUUGAUGAAAACGAUAAUGCCCCGGCAAUAUAUUUCAAUUCACUGUCUAAUUCAGUAGCAGAAAAUGUGCCAUCCGGAACUGAGGUAGGCAUCAUUAAUGUGCAGGACCGAGACUCUGAGCAGAAUGGACAAGUCCGCUGCUCUAUUCAACAAAAUGUUCCCUUUAAAUUAAUUCCUUCUAUUCCAAAUUAUUAUUCUCUGGUGACUGUUGGGCAACUAGAUCGUGAACUGGUGUCUGAUUACAACAUUACAAUCAGUGCCACUGACGAGGGUUCUCCUCCCCUAUCUUCUUCUAAAAGUCUUCACUUGUCGGUAGCAGACAUAAAUGACAACCCGCCCAUAUUUGAGGAAGAGUCUUACAGUGCUUAUGUAAGUGAAAAUAACCAAGCUGGCUCAAUUUUAUGUUCCGUUAGUGCCCGAGAUCCAGACUGGAGACAGAACGGCAGCGUGAUUUAUUCUCUUUUAGUCACUGAGGUGAACGGUGCCCCUGUGUCUUCCUAUGUGUCUGUUAACGGAGACACGGGGGUGAUCCACGCUGUGAGGCCGUUUGAUUAUGAACACUUGAGAAAUUUUCAAGUCCACGUCAUGGCCAGAGACAAUGGUUCUCCUCCACUGAGCAGCAACGUGAGCGUUAGUUUGUAUGUCUCAGACGUCAAUGACAACUCUCCUCUGAUACUGUACCCCGCCCCGGAAGGCAACUCCUUCAUGACCGAGCUGGUCCCUAAAGCUGCGCAAGGAGGCUCUGUAGUGUCCAAAGUGAUAGCGGUGGACGCCGAUUCCGGGCAGAAUGCCUGGCUCUCUUAUCAUAUAGUCAAGGCCACAGAUCCAGGACUUUUCAUUAUUGGUCUCCACAGUGGAGAGAUCAGGACCCAGCGAGACAUUUUGGAAUCUGACAGCAUGAAACAGAACCUGAUUGUGGCAGUGAAAGACAAUGGACAGCCCAUUCGUUCUGCCACCUGCUCCAUGUAUUUACUUCUUUCUGAUAACUUGGCUGAGGUGCCAGAAUUGAAGGACAUAUCUUACGAGGAGAAGAAUUCCAAGCUGACUUCUUAUCUAAUCAUUGCUUUGGUGUCAGUGUCCACCUUCUUUCUGACAUUCAUCAUUAUUGUCCUAGGCGUGAGGUUUUGUCGCAGGAGAAAGCCUAGACUGUUGUUUGAUGGAGCAGUUACCAUCCCCAGAGCGUAUCUCCCUCCUAACUACACAGAUGUUGACGGCACAGGAACUUUACGCAGCACCUACAACUAUGACGCCUAUUUGACAACUGGUUCCAGAACCAGUGAUUUUAAAUUUGUAUCCUCCUACAAUGACAACACACUUCCUGCUGAGCAGACGCUGAGGAAAAGUCCAAGUGACUUUGCUGAGGUUUUUGAUCAACUGCAAGACUCACCAGAGGUAGGUUAG